AUGAAGGUUCUGAAUUUCCGAUCGAUUUGUAAACAGAGGGAAAUGGAAUCGAAAGAUCAUUUGAACAAGUUCAAAGUCGGCUCAGUUCCGACGUUGUACUACAUACCCGACUUCAUCUCCGAUUCCGAUCAAAAACUACUCCUAAAUCAGGAGGGAUUGUCCAUGAAAAAGGUCCUUUGCCUCAAGAUUGUAAUGGAAUUCCUUAGCCAUGUCAACAGUAGACUGAAACAACAACAAAUUAGUAGGUUUUCCUUUGGAAGUGUUAAUGAGGUUGCUGCUUCAGCAGCAAUCGAAAUAACAUGA